AUGGAUAUAUGCGAAAGCAUUAACCGUUAUGGUUAUACCUACACUCCUGCAUCCUUUGCAUUGGUGCAAAAUAAAGAUCCAGUAAACUGGGUUGCACAAAUUGUUGAGAUCCGAAAAUGGGGCGAUCAGGUUUAUCUCCUUAUUUACUGGAUGUACCGAUACGAAGACCUUCCUAACGAGCAUCGCGGCUUCUAUCCCAUGCCGGGCGAGCUUGUUGCAACCAACCAUAUGGAUGUUAUUCUUGCUGAAAGCCUGGUGUCCGUCGCUAAAGUUUUUAUGAAGUGGCGAGCGCCAAGGCUUACACAACUAGCAACACCGCCUAAAAGGAAGCACAAGGAGUUUAACCCCAAGCCUCAACAAACGAUUAAACCCGAAACCAACGAGGACACAAGCUUAUACUGGAUUCGAACGUACAACGUGUUCACGAAAAAGCUUUCAGCAGGGUUACGGCCGAGGCUACUACCUUCCUUAAAAUAUAGCAUAGAAACAAACCAAUGGUCGGCGGGACCAGGCAAUCGCGGGGUCCUCCCAAAUGAUCGACCCAAAGCCAUGGAAGCGCGGGAUGGGAAGGUGUAUUUAGGAUCGGAUUUGCGCUUAGCUACUGCUCCUAAGGAAGUGGGGUGGGAGAGCAUCCGUUUUAGCUCCCUCCGGUGCCUUGGGCCACCGGCCCUCGCCCCGCCUCCAGCGCUUCUGACUGGUCUUAACAGGGCAAUGAACGUUAUAAACGGAAGCCAGACCACGACGACGGGGUUUUCCGGAGGUCGCGUUUGGGUCAGGAAACGAGGCUGGGGGAGGGGGGACCCGACGAUAAACGCGGCGGUGAGCCCGGGAUGUUCGGUCUACGGCGACGGGGCUACGUGCAACAAGCCCGGAUUAGCUAAUAACAGCAACCUGAAGCGAGGUCUUUUUUACCGGGCGUGUGAAACCGGGCUCGCGUCGCAUGGAGGAUUCCACCUGUGGAAGGUGAAUGCAGGCAACACUGCCUGGAACGUGGAUUGUGUUACUCUCUAG